AUGCCAGCUAUCAGCAGAAGUGGAGUCUUUGUGGCGCGCUGGGGAGUGGGGCAGCGUCUCCUCAUGCUUGGGGCGCUGCUGCUGGGCUGCGUAACGACAGGCUUAGCUCUAUGGCUUCUCACGCAGGGUGAGGCCGGGGUCUGGGAGGCGGCAUUGGCACUUGACAUUCCGGGGCUGGGUUGCCUCUUAUUUGGACUCGGAAUGGGUGCUCCCACGAGCCUGUCUUUGGUCGAGCGCGACGGGGUGUGGCAUUUGGAUUUUGAGAUCCGGUGCUUCAGCCUAAAGAGCCAGCCCCUUCAGAGCUUGACGGGAAUUACCGAGGUCGCAAGCCGUGCGAUCACCCCUGGGGUCAAAGAAGGUUAUGCCACAGGGGUCCCAACGUGGGAACUGACUUUCCCAGGGGCGGUGGUUUGGAUAGUUACCCUGGAAGACCAUGUUGGCUUCUUGGAGGAGCUCGUCAAAGCUUGCGAGGCCUCGAACCAUCGGUUAACGGCUCACUUCAAGUACAAACUGAGCUUGUGCAGGAUACCCGAUGCUUAA